AUGCCUACACUUCGUCUCAUCUUGCCUUAUCGCGACGUUCGCAUCGUUAUCGAGCGGCAAAAUGUGGUGCGACUUGUUCAGGAUCGUUCCACCAUGCUUCGAUUGUCCAUUCUUGCUGGCCGUUGUGGUGCCCUCCGGCUGAACGUGAUCCAAACUGCUGCCAUGGCUUCUGCUCCUGAAAUGAUCAAAGUCGAAAAAGUUGGUGCCAAGAAGAAUGUUGCUCUCAUAACGUUGAAUCGUCCCAAAGCAUUCAACGCUUUAUGUAACCAGCUGAUGUCCGAGCUGUCUACAUCGUUGCGAGAACUGGAUUCUGACAGCUCAGUUGGUGCCAUCGUCCUCACAGGAAAUCAGAAAGCUUUUGCUGCGGGAGCAGAUAUCAAGGAAAUGGUUAACCGGGAGUUUGCAACGACGUAUCAAGGUCGUUUCCUUGAGGAAUGGACGGCUGUGAGCGAGACGGCCAAACCCGUCAUUGCGGCAGUCAACGGGUGA